AUGGGAGCACUACUUCAGCUUUUUCUAGUUGUCAAUAUUCUCCUCCUCUUUGGGAGCAGCGGCUCUUUGAUGAUGAGUCUAGUAGUAGGGAACAACAACAACAAUAACAAUGAGGCAGAUCGAUUUGCUUUGCUGGAGUUGAAGAAACAAAUAUAUGAUGAUCCAUAUGGAGCACUAAGUUCUUGGAAUGAUUCCAUCACUUUCUGCAACUGGUUUGGGAUCACUUGUGGCCGUCGUCAUCGACAACGGGUUAUCGGUUUGGAUUUACAAGGGAUGGGCUUGGGAGGUUACAUAUCUCCUUUCAUAGGGAAUCUCACUUUUCUUCGUGUCCUCAACAUCAUGAACAAUAGCUUCCAUGGCAAAAUCCCCCAUGAGAUCGGUAAUCUGUUUCGACUACAAUACAUUCAAUUUGAUAACAACACUCUCGAAGGAGUACUUCCCACCAGCUUGGCCAACUGCACUAGUCUGAAAGGAAUUUACUUCUCCAAAAACAAUUUUGUCGGGGAGAUUCCAAUCGAACUAUCUACGUCUUUGUCAAAGCUGGAGGUAAUUGCUAUUAAUGGGAAUGGUUUAACAGGAGAAAUACCAUCUUCUUUUCGGAAUAUUUCCUCCCUCCAAGUUAUCUCUUUGAGUGUGAAUGAACUGCAGGGGAGCAUUCCAGAAUCCUUUGGUCAGCUAACCAACUUAUUCUAUCUAUCACUUGGGAUAAACAACCUAUCUGGUAUGUUCCCUCUCUCACUAUACAAUCUCUCAUCUCUUGGAAUUAUUUCCCUUCCACUAAACCAAUUGCAUGGGAGCCUUCCACGAGACAUAGGCCUCACUCUUCCAAAUCUCAUAAUCCUACAAAUUGGAGGGAACCUUUUCUCAGGGAGAAUUCCAAAUUCCAUCUCCAAUAUUUCAACACUCAAAUCGAUUGAUUUCACUACAAACAAUUUUGUUGGACCCAUCCCUAACAACUUAGGAAAUCUUCCAAACCUUCAAUGGUUCAGUAUUAGUGGAAACCAAUGUGGAACAGGAAGCUGA